UGAGUCACAUGAUCUCUGUGGCCGAAAACGAGGAAGUCAUUGGUUGUUUUGGGGUGGCAACAAAAGUCUCCUCGGCGUCUCUUUCUCGUAAUGUCGCCCUGCGGAAAUUGUUUGAUUUUUGUGUUUUUUGUAAUAAAUAUUUGCGCGUUUGUAAACUGUGACGAAGGGACGUCUUUAGAUUCGGGGGACCAGGUAAGACCUGACUCGCCGGGUUUACCCCGCGUCCCCAGCUCUCUUCUUGCGGACUCGUUUGUCCCCCUCAGUUUGAUGUCUUCCUUCCCUGAGGACCUGGAGAUCAGCAACUACUGCCUGGAGUUGCUAAGUAUCUUCAGCCAGCGUUACUCUGACUAUGUGAAGUGCUUGGUUCCUGCUGCUAGACCCGUCAGGGUUUGCAUGAAGUGCUACUCUGGUUAUGGGAGUCUGCUGAACGCCUACAUGAACAUCUCAUCCGACCAGAUGGGUCCUGGUAAUGAGAGCUGCAGGGACAGCCUGAUGCGCAGCGACCGGCUGAUGCUGGUUUACGUGCUCUUCAGCAACAUGCAGGAUCUCUGGGAAAAAUCCAACUGUGACUUUUGCAUCACUGAGAAGUUCCAGGGGGUAAAUAACGAGACAACGCAUUUUAUGAAGAACCUCAACCAAACGCUCAGCUGCUUUGAAAAGUACCAGCAGGGGAACCACACGGAACUUUGCAAAAACUGUAAGAGCUCAUACAAGGGGUUAAAUGAGCUUUACAGCAGCAUGGAGAAGACUCUGUGCAUUGACGUUGAAGAUGCGAUGAACAUGACUCGUAUUCUGUGGAGCAAGAACUUUAACUGCUCCAUGCCUCGUGGCGAGACCGUGCCGGUCAUUGCUGUGUCCAGCUUUAUGCUCUUUCUGCCCAUCAUCUUCUACCUGAGCAGCUUCCUUCACUCUGAGCAGAAGAAACGCAAGCUCAUCCAUCCGAAGCGGAUGAAGUCGUACUCCAGUCUGAUGAACAUUCAGGACAAGCGGAGCUGAAAGGAAGCGGCUGAACACGUUCGAGUCUACCUGAUGAGUCUAGAGGAGUGAAUAGCAGCCCGCCCUGCAGUUUCUUUUGUACCAAACAGUAUUCAGAGGCCUACAUGAAGUAAAAAAAGCAAACAAAAAACAUGUUGAACAGCAGCGCACAUGCAUGCAGUUUUAACAUGCACUAACUUUGGGAACAUCAGUCAUUUUUCAUGAAGUCCUCUCUUUGUAACGCACAAACCUAUGCAGAAUUUUUAUCCUUUUUGUGAUUGUUUUUGUUGAAAUAUGCUUUAGGAAUACAAAUCAAUGUGCAUUCAACUUUACAACUUCUAACCAGGCAUUGGUUAAUGAAUGCUUUUGGGGCUCCUAAUCCUCUAAUGGGCUUUCCUUCCUUUUUAACUUUCACAAUCUUCUGGUCAUUUCAUCCUGCAGUCAGUGGAUGGAAUGAAGGGUUUGAAUCCUGUGUGUGUGUGUGUGCGUGAGUGUGCACGUCUGCUCUAUUUAUGGAGGAAGAAAUGGGUUUUCUGUCUCUAAUGUAUGUGCAGAAGAGACUUGCAAAAAGGAAGCACUUGAUAUCCAUUAGUGGUGACAUGUAUCUGCUGUAAUAGGUGGUGGAGGGGGCCGCACGUUGGUGGGGUUGGAAGUAAAUAAAGACAUGACACACCAUGCAAGACCACUCCAAAGGACCACAAUAUGAUGUCACCUGUUUUUUAGUCAGUUUUCUUUUGUGGUUGCAUAAAGCUUUUAAUGUGCUUCCUUGUCAUUUUUCCACUGAUGUGUGAUUUGUUAAAAGUUUCUCUGCAGAGAUGAGGAAUAUGCUGUGAAGUAAUGUACACUGAUGCAUAAGCCUAAAUAAAUGGCUUUAUGGCAAACUGAA